UAUAUAAAGCAAACGCAGCCGUGUGUCCAAACCCUAGCACUAGUGAGCCACCUUUCAAAUCCUUCUCACUCCUCCACAUAUUCUUCUUUCUCUGAUAAACCCUAGCUCUUUCUUUAUCAACGACUUCCCAGCCUCACUUGCGCUUUGGCCGUCAAUUUUCUGUUCCAUAUUUUGUCUUUCUUAAGAGUUCGGGAGUAGUUUCGAACCUUCGAAACGAUGUCGGACGACGAGAGGGAGGAGAAGGAGUUGGAUCUCUCUUCUGCAGAAGUCGUCACCAAAUACAAGAGCGCUGCUGAGAUUGUUAACAAGGCUUUGCAAUUGGUAGUAGCUGAAUGCAAGCCAAAAGCUAAGAUUGUGGACCUUUGCGAGAAAGGCGAUUCAUACAUACGAGAGCAAACUGCUAACAUGUACAAGAAUGUCAAGAAAAAGAUUGAAAGGGGUGUUGCUUUCCCAACGUGCAUUUCUGUGAACAACACUAUCUGCCAUUACUCUCCACUUGCGAGCGAUGAGUCGGUUUUGGAAGAAGGUGAUAUUUUGAAGAUUGACAUGGGUUGUCAUAUCGAUGGAUUUAUUGCUAUAGUUGCACAUACUCAUGUUCUUCAAGAGGGCCCAAUUACCGGAAGGGCAGCUGAUGUCAUUGCAGCUGCUAAUACAGCGGCUGAAGUUGCCCUGAGGCUUGUAAAGCCAGGGAAAAGCAAUAAAGAUGUUACAGAGGCAAUUCAGAAGGUUGCUGCUGCUUACGACUGCAAAAUAGUUGAAGGUGUUCUUAGCCACCAGCUGAAGCAGUUUGUGAUAGAUGGGAACAAGGUCAUAUUGAGUGUCACCAAUCCUGAUACAAGAGUUGAUGAUGCUGAAUUCGAGGAGAAUGAAGUCUAUGCAAUUGAUAUUGUCACGAGCACGGGUGAAGGCAAGCCUAAGCUGUUGGAUGAGAAGCAGACAACUAUCUAUAAGAGAGCAGUGGACAAGAACUAUCACCUGAAGAUGAAAGCUUCUAGGUUUAUUUUCAGUGAAAUCAAUCAGAAGUUUCCCAUCCUGCCAUUCACUGCAAGGGCUUUAGAAGAGAAAAGAGCAAGGCUGGGUUUAGUGGAAUGCGUUAACCAUGAUCUUUUGCAGCCAUAUCCUGUUCUUCAUGAGAAGCCUGGUGAUCUUGUUGCUCACAUCAAAUUCACAGUCUUGCUAAUGCCAAAUGGAUCGGAUCGGAUUACAUCCCAUCCUCUACAAGAGCUGCAGCCCACCAAGCCAUUAGAAGAUCCUGAAAUCAAGGCUUGGUUGGCUUUGGGUGUAAAGACAAAGAAGAAAGGUGGUGGGAAGAAGAAGAAAGGUAAAAAGGGCGAGAAAGCAGAUGACUCUACAGAAGCUGAGCCUAUGGAUGCAACAACAAACGGUGCUGCAUCUCAAGAUUGAGCUUCGUUCUUUUUUUUUUCUUUUUUUUUUUCCCCUUUUUAAAUUUAACCCUUUUUCAAUUUUGGUACUUUGUUUUGUCCAUUGUAUCUGGUUGGAUAUGAGCUGGUUUAAUAUAGUGUUCAAACAUUGAUCGUA